CAACAAAGCAAUUUUUGGGUUGGCGUUGAAAACAGUUAACAAAAUAUACAAAAAUAAAAUCACUUCAAAUGGAGCCAAAUGAUGAAGUUGUGGAGCGCCAGAAGCUGGUGCCAAACGAUGUUGAGACCGAGGAGGAAGCGAAAUCAGCUCAAACACCUGCCACGCCCGUCGCCGUGCCAAAGAUCAAUAUAAAAGGCAUAUCCAGCGGGGAAACGACGCGUAGCCGCAAUUCGGCAUCCUGUUCCAUUGAACGCACCAUAUCCGAGAAGGGACAGGGCCAAGGACAGGGACAACAGCAGCAGCAGCAACAAUCGGCCAAACCAACACUGCAAUAUGUGAACGAGCGACGACCACGCCCACAUGCCCAGAACAACGCCUCCGCCGAUGAACGUUUCGAGUUCAAAACACGUCCCCGCAAAUUGCUCAAAGAUGGCAAUCAAGUGGAGCCGACGCACAGCAGGGAGCACAGCUUGAAUAGCAUAACGCUGAUAAGCAGCGAGUGGCUAUCGCCAGAACCCAACAACACCAGCACAACCACAGCCAACAAUAACAACAACAACAAUAAUGAUAGCACAAAACCCAAUCACAACAACAAUAACAACAACAAUAUAAAGCCGCCGUUGCAGUUGCAAGCUGCAGAUGCCGAGGCAACCGUUCACAGCAACGAAUUCGACGAUCGCCCAAUUAAACAUCAUUCCUUUGUCUCCGAAGUGCCAGAUGUGAAGCAUAUGGAACGUGCCCUGCUCGGUCUGCUCGAUGACUUCCAUUCCGGCAAGCUAAAGGCAUUUGGCUCUGGUUGCACCAUGGAUCAGAUGACCAAGAUACGGGAACAGCAGGAGAGUUUGGCUAAAUUGCAUUUCGAACUGGCUGCCGCCGAGGAAGAUUCUUUGGAGCAUGGCAACGAGUUCAAUACGAACCGGGCCCAGGAGAAUAUGCUGCAACUGAUGCAGCGCCUGGAACAAUUGUCCAUCUCCAUUGAGCAAUUGCAGACAAGUCACACGGGUCUCUGAGAUUUGGCGAUGAUGCAGUCGACCACGUUAAAUGAUCGCCUGCUACUGCUGCUGCUCUGAGCCAAGAUCAGCUCGAAGACGACAAUGUUCGCCACAGAACUCAUCUGUAUAUAAAACUAAGUUUUUACGUUUAACUUGUAAGGUUUUUUCGAUAAGCUUCCAGUUUCAAUACCGUGUUAAGUUAGUGUUGCAAUCUUGGCUAGGCAUGGUUACGUGCACAUACCUCUAUAUAUAAUUAUAUAUACAUACAUACCUAUCCAUAUGUAUGUAUAUAUAUAUAUAUAUAUACUUUAGCAUAGUGUAGUUGAAUAGUUCACUCUUUGGACAGUGCCAAUAUCGGAGCACUUCAGUAACUACUCCCAUAGCUUAUUUGAUUUUCCACUGACUAACUUGGAACUUUGAACUAACAACAAUGUUUUAUUAAUUAUUGUUUGUUAUAGUUAUUUGCAAUAUAAACUAAUUAAAAAAGUUAUAAAUUUUAUAUAACGGAACUUGUAA